UCUACGAGAAGAUCUCUAAAGACAUGUCAGAGAGAGGAUACAGCCGGGAUGCAACGCAGUGCCGCGUGAAAAUCAAGGAGCUGAGACAAGGCUACCAGAAGACCAAAGAGGCAAACGGACGCUCCGGAUCCCAUCCCCAGACAUCCCGUUUCUACGAGGCACUGCAUUCCAUCCUCGGUGCGGCCGCCACCACUACCCCACCACUGACCGUGGACUCUGAGGAUGGGAUAGUGUCCACGGCCGGUUCCUCGGACAUGUUAGGGGACGGGGAAGAUGAGGAAGGAGAUGAGGAGGGCGAGGCAGUCGGCAGCGCUCACAACGCUGAUUUCCCCGACAGCCAGGAUCUCUUCAUCACCCUUACAGAGAUCCCCUACCAAGCGUCCCCAGCCGUUACCCCGGACACAGAAUCUGGGGAAGGAUCAUCCACCCCAUCUGCGACUGUCUCACAACCUAGCCUGGCAUCACACUCCCAGAGGCUAGCGCGGAUUAGGCAUAGGAAGAAGAGGACACGGGAGGACAUGUUCUCGGAGCUUAUGGCCUGUUCCCAAGCCCAGGCAGCACAGCAGACCCAGUGGCGGGAGAACUUGACCCAAAUGCACCAAGCAAACAUGGAUCGGGAGGAGAGGUGGCGGCAGGAAGACCAGCAGGCGACUCAAACGCUGCUUGGACUACUGAGGGAGCAAACAGACACGCUCCGGCGCCCUGUGGAUGUUCUGCAGGAACGGAGGCAGGAGGACAGAGCCCCGCUGCAGUCCAUCUCUAACCGCCCUCCCCCGCCACCAAGUCCCAUACCCACCUCACCCAAAGUGCAAAGAAGGAGAGGCGGCAGAGUCCGUGCUAACUCUCACUCCACCCCUGCAGAGAGCUCGAGUAGCAGAAGGCUCUCAUUCCCCAAAAUUUGAAAAGUUCUUUCCUUCCCGCCUGACACAAGCCCCCGUCCAAGUUUCACCUCCCAGUUCCAUGUGUAGUUGAUAAUAAAAAAUACGUUUCUGUUAA